UGUCAAAAGUGCCUCAAUGAAACGGGUUUUUGUCGUUUGGUUUUGCCUCUAAAGCUGUUUUUUCCCCCAUCGGAGCCAUGCAAACGUGGAGUCUCGUGUCAAUUUGCGUUUUACUCGGUGUUGUUGUGAGAUGGGGAGUUUCGCUGAAUUCAUAUUCAGGGGCAGGGAAACCUCCCAUGUUUGGUGACUAUGAAGCCCAAAGACACUGGCAAGAAGUCACCUACAACCUCCCUCAUCAUGAAUGGUACUUCAACACCUCUGACAAUGACUUGAACUACUGGGGUCUUGACUAUCCUCCUCUCACCGCCUACCACAGCUGGCUCUGUGCUUAUGUAGCCGAGAUGAUCAACCCUGAAUGGGUGGAGCUCCUCAGAUCCAGAGGCUAUGAGAGUCCAUCACACAAGUUAUUUAUGAGAACUACAGUCUUGGUAGCCGAUAUGUUGAUUUACAUUCCUGCUGUGGUUUUAUACUGUUUUUACCUGACUGACGGAACUUCAAAACAAAAGGUUUCUACACUGCUCUGCAUACUCCUUUACCCAGGACUCAUUCUCAUUGAUUAUGGCCAUUUCCAGUACAAUGGAGUGAGCCUGGGCUUUGCGCUGUGGGGGGUUCUGGCUCUGGGUCUGGGCUGGGAUGCGCUGGGAUCCGUGGCCUUCUCACUGGCUCUCAACUACAAACAGAUGGAGCUGUACCAUGCGCUGCCCUUCUUCUGUUACCUGCUGGGAAAGUCCAUCAAAGUGGGCCUGUUGGGGCGCGGGUUCCUCCUGUUGGUGAGAGUUGCUGCGGCCGUGUUGUUAACGUUCGCCCUGUGCUGGUUGCCCUUCCUGUCUGACCCCGGCCAAGCCCUGCAGGUGGUCAGGAGGAUCUUUCCCGUGGCCCGAGGCCUGUUUGAGGAUAAGGUGGCCAACACAUGGUGCAGUCUAAACACCCUGAUAAAGAUCAGGUCCAUUCUGUCCAGCGACUCUCAGCUCUACCUCAGUCUGGCCUUCACUCUGCUGGCAGUACUACCGUCCUCUGUCAGGCUGUUGACCAAGCCCACCUUCUGGCAGUUUAAACUGGCUUUGGUGAAUUCAUCUCUGGGUUUUUUCCUCUUCUCCUAUCAAGUCCAUGAGAAGUCCAUCCUGCUGGCUUCGCUGCCGGUCUGCCUCCUCCUGAACGACCUCCCAUUCAUGGCUAUUUGGUUCCUCCAGGCUUCUACGUUCAGCAUGCUGCCUCUGCUCCUGAAGGAUGGGCUGCUGGAGCCCUACGUGGUGACCUCGUUGGCAUUCCUCUUUCUUGGCAUCUACCUGCUGUCGGCGCUCGAUCGCUCCUUAGAGGACGACUUGAGACUGGACGCCUAUAACAAGCUCUUCUUCUGCCUCUCAAAAAAGGGCCUGGCACGUAUGGUGAGAUGGAAGUUCUACAUCAGCAUGGGAGUCAUGGCCGGUUUGAGCAUCACCAGUGCAGUUCUGGACCCCCCACCGCACCUGCCUGACUUGUUUCCUGUCUUGGUGUCUGCGACUGCUUUCCUCCACUUUUUGAGCAUAUUUAUACAUUUCAACAUCCUCCAGUUCAGCGGGGAACCGAGAAGAAAAACCAAGAAGAAGAACAACUAAACUAUGUUUGGCUCGAGCAGAGUCGGUGUGGGGCUGCGAGGUAUGUUUUCUCUUAAGGACACUAUUCUGGUAUUUCAGGUCUUAAUGGAUAAAUGGAGUUGAUGCGUUUAAUCCCAUACAUGUUCAAUUUUUCUUCAUAAAGAUAUGUUGUUUGUUAAAAACAGGGUGAAAACGUUUUAAAAACACACUGAUUCAGAGGAGAUAUUAAAGAAACAAGCUGUAUUUUUUAUGAUAUGGACCAAAACAUUUUUUUUUUAUUCUGAGCUAAAAGUUUUCUGUUUAAAUAUCUUUUAUCGAACUCUUUAUGAUCGAACCGUUGGUGGAGGAAAGAGAAGGUGACCACGGUAUAAUAACACUUGUAAUGGUUGAACCCAAAGGGGUCAGUUUUGUUGUUUUUGUUACAAUGUUAUAGUGCCCCCUUAAAGUCAUAUUGUUGGUGAAGGUGUUCCUUUUUUCUAACAGUCCUCAUUGCGUCCGCAGGAUUAUGGCAAACAAGGUAGUGUUUGUUGACCAUUUUCCAUGAACUUUUCUUUGCGACUGUUUUCUACUGUUGAUUUUUACGCAUCAUUAAAGUUAUUUUUGUACAAACUUAGUUUUUGUAAAAAUAAAUCAUAUUGCUCCCAGU